UUCCCGUUCCCCCCCGUCCCGGUUUCACAACCCCGGGCACCGGCAGCGCUGCGGGCCGCCCCGCCGAUGUUUUCCUGCCCGGGGCCGCUGCUCCCUGCCGCCUUCUUCCUCCUCCUCCUCCUCUUCGCCACCGCCUUUCGCCUUCCCCGUUGCGGCCCCACCGAGCUCUCACGAGACGUGGUGCUGGGACGCCCGGGAGCCAACAUCACACUGACCUGCAGAGACAAGGGACCCCCCAACGUCACCGUGUCCUGGCGGGUGGAGGAGCGGGGGGCAGCAGUGGGGGGGGGCCGGCAGCUGGCAGAGGGGGGCAACACUCUGCUCCUCCAGGGGCUGCGCUAUGAGGACUCGGGGCGCUACAGCUGCUCCCUGGGGGGCCGCCCCCUGCGCUCCCUUCGGCUGCAGGUGGAAGAGCCCCCCGAGGCUCCCCGGGUCUCCUGCUACCGCCGGAGCCUCGACAAAGACCUCAUCUGCGAGUGGCCGCUGCGGGCGAAACCAUCCCCGGGCACACGAGCGACGCUCUGGGUGAGGCGGAGGUUUGUGGCCGAGGACCCCGCGGAGCAGCGGUGCCGUUAUUUCUCCAAGGCCCAAAAAUUCGUUUGCCGGGUGAAGCUGCCUCCUGGCACUGAGGACACCAAACCCCUCCUGGUGUCCACCUGUGUCCGCAACGCCGCCGGGGGCUCGGCUGGCGAGGACAAAAUCAUCACCCUCAGCAGCGUCUUGAAGCCCGACCCCCCCCUCAACGUGACAGUGGAGCCGCUGGAAAAGGCGCCGCAGCGGCUGCGGGUCAACUGGUCCUACCCCCCCUCCUGGGACCCCCGCUUCUACUGGCUCCGUUUCCAGGUCCGCUACCGCCCCGAGCCCACCCAGACCUUCACGGAGGUGGACCAGGUGACGACGACGUGGCUGGACAUCCGUGACGCGUGGCGGGGGACACGGCACGUGGUGCAGGUGCGGGCACAGGAGGAGUUUGGCCAUGGCACGUGGAGCGAGUGGAGCCGGGAGGUGGUGGGCACCCCCUGGACAGACCCCCGGGACUUCACCUCUGAAAUGGGACCCUUCAGCUCCCAGUUCCCCGUGGAUGAUGGCACCUAUGGGGUCACCCUGCCCCCCGAGCUCUUCAGGGAAGACACUGCUGGUGACCUCGGGGAGACCGUGGUGGAAGCCACCAGCAGCCCCGUGAUGUCCCCCUACGCCUUCCUGGUGGCCGGGGGGAGCCUCCUCCUGGGCAUCGCCCUCUGCAUCGCCAUUGUGGUGAGGUACAGACAGACAUGGAGAAUGGGUGGGCAGCGAGGGGCCAAGGCAGAGGGUGAGGGGCAGCAGCACGGGCUGGUGCCCCUGGGCCACCCCAGCCCCCCCGCCCUCAGUGACACCCCCCUGCUCUCCCCCCCCGGCCCCCCAACCCUCAGGGCUCUCCAUGUCACCAACUUGGACUAUUUCUUCUCAGGGCAGUAGCCUGAAGGUGGGGGGCAGGUGCCUGCGGGUCGGGUGCUGGUGAGAGAAGGGGGGUCCCCAGGGUUGGGAUGUGGCCCUGGGAGCAGCCCCCCCUUCUUCUCCCCUCACUAAAAGCCCCUCCCAGGACCCGUGGGUGGGAGCAGCCUCUGAGAAGAGGGGGUCAGCAGCUCCCCCAAACAGAGGGGGCCCAGAGAUGGGUACUGGGGGGGGUGAGGGGGGGGAGCUCUGGGGCUGUGGCCAAACUGGGGGGGAUGCGCCAGAGCGUGGGAGCGGAGCAGGGCUCUGCCCACAGGGAUGGGUUUGGGGGUCCCGUGGGGAACAGCCUUGGGGGAGGGUGUGUGCUGACUGGAUCAGCUCUCUGCCCUGCCCCUCACCUCCCCCCCCCGGGGGCUUAUUCUAAGAGCACACGCUGAGGAACCAUGGUGAAAUUUUUCCAAAAUAAAUGCCUUAGAUUUGUA